AUGGUCCAGACGUGGCUCAUUACCGGAUGCUCCAGUGGCUUCGGUGAAGAGUUUGUCCGUCAGCUCCGUGCGGCGGGAGACAAUGUCAUUGCUACAGGGCGGAACAUCGAGACGAAGCUCGCUCAUCUCAAAGACACGGGCUGCCCAAUUCUAGAGCUCGAUGUCACUUCUCCCGAAGAUGUGAUAACCGCCAGGAUAAAUGAGGCCUGGGAGAUCUACGGUGGCAUCGACGUCAUCGUGAACAAUGCAGGGUACCUGGCCAUCGGUGCCUUCGAAGACACUACGCAAGCGAACAUCGAAGCAGCCAUGAAUACCAUGUUCCACGGCCCGCUCAACAUCACGCGCGCCGCACUCGGCAAGAUGCGGCCGCUCAACAAGGGCACGAUCAUGUAUGUCAGCUCGUACUUCUCGAGGCUCGGCGCCGCCAUUGCCACGCCCUACUGCUCGGCCAAGUUUGCGCUCGCGGGCGCUGUCGAGUGCAUCGCCGAGGAGCUCGCGUUCAUGGCGCCGGGCAUCAAGCUCAUCAGCCUCGAGCCAGGCUUCUACCACACCGAGGUCCACAGCAAGUUGGUCUGCGCCGAGAACCGCGUCCCCGCCUACGCCGAGUUCAGAGAAUUUAGCUUGAAGACAACCCAGGACAUCUUUCUCGCCGCGCCGGGUGACGCCAAGAAGGGCGUCGCAAGGAUGAUUGACAUUGGGAAGGGUACGGGGCUUGCUGAGGGUAAGACGGUGCCGACGAGGUUGGUGUUGGGGUCGGAUGCGCAGGAGGUUUGUAGAAAGACGAGCCAGGAUGCGCUCAAGGUCUUGGACGAGUGGGAGGAUGUGGCGAACAGCACGGAUCUAGAUGGUUACGUGAAGCCUGCUGGAGAAGCCUAG